AUGUAUUUCAUUCUAACCGCCAAAAGUCUACUGUGGGUGACGUUGAGUGUGGUGUCCACCAUUACUCUAUUCACGGCCAUUUACUCGCCGAAAUGGCUCGUCGGACCUACUGAUUACAACUGUAUAUCCAGUAAAUCGCUAUCCACUGAAACGAACAACACCUUGGAUUCACCGUACUACGAAGUGCGCUGCCGUCCGUCCGUUGGCAUUUACUACCGGUGUAAGAAAAUCAAUGGCCACCAGCACUGCGGUUCGUUCGCCGUCGAAGGACUAGCCACGGAUUCGUUGAUGUUCCCGUUCGUGUGGAAGAUCGGCUUAGUGUUGAUGUCUGCUGGCGUUUUCGUCAGUUUUUUAAUGUCCGCCAUGGCCGUGGGCAGCUUUUGCAAGCAAUCGAUAAGGAAGAAAAGCGUGUUCGGGAUAGCUGGUUCUGGGCAAGGACUAGCUGUUUUACUCUAUCUGAUUGGAGUAAUUUGUUUCGCCGCUGGUUGGGGUUCGGAACGCGUAGUGGUGCUGUGUGGAACUCAAUCCGUGCCUUUUGUCUCUGCGGAUUGCACGAAUGGAUCAGGUUUGUACACUGCAGCUUUUGGUAUUGUUCUCACUUUCGCCACGGCCAUGUUGUCGGGGCCAGCUGACCGAGCAACGUCCAGCGACAAAGUAGCACUUCAACUCGAACAAGGAGAAAAUAUUGUCUUUUUACUAUAG